CAAAUCAUAAGUCUUGUCACCCUUCUUUUUCUGAUUGGCUCGAGAAACUGGAUUCAUGGAUGUUGUGUUCAUGACGAGAACAUAACGGAAAUCACUUUUCAAAACAGCAUUAUUUCGUCAGGCUAUACAGAAAGUAGCGGCCGGAUUUGUUUGAAGUACUUUAUAGUUUGUCAGGAUGUGUAAAGUAAUCUCGAGUACAAUUUUAGUACUGUUCAACAUCCCACUUGUGAUUAUUGGUUUAGGACUUGUGGUUUUUGGUGCUUUAAUACGAUGGAAUGAAAAACUUUUGGUUGAACGGAUUACUCCUACGAUUAUCGAAGAGAUAGAUGAUGAGAAUGCACGUGAAGCUGCUCAAAAAUUAGUAGAAGAAAAAAUAACGUUAUUUGCUUCUUAUGGUUUGGCAAUUUUCUUGUUCGGUCUCUUCAUUUGCGUAUUGUCGCUCUGUGGAAUAUGUGGAGUAUGCUGCAAGAAUAAAAUCUUACUUGGAUUAUAUGCAGCAUUUCUUCUAGUCAUAUUUUUGGCGCUGCUUGUGUUCACUAUUGUAUUUGGAACACGUAAACACUGGUUCCGUGAUGAGCUGGGUAUAAGUUAUAGAAGAUCAAUUACUAGUGAUUAUCAUAUGGACAAUAAUUUUCCACCAAACACCGGUUUUACUGUAUUUGUUAAUGAAAUUCAACGAAAGCAUAAAUGCUGUGGUUCUUUUGACUAUCGUGACUUCCAAGAUAAUGAAUCAUUCAAACGACAAAAUUAUAAGAUUCCAGCCUCUUGUUGCAAAGAUAUAAAAGACAAAGAAUGCUGGGAACGUCCAACAACACAGAAUAGUUAUAAAGACAUUUAUUACCAUUAUCCUUGGCUUUAAAACAUACCGGAUAACUGAAGUGAAGUAUUAUUGCCACGCUUAAGUUACGGACUUUACAUAAGAAAAGACGACAUUCGUUACUUGUAAGUGGAAGAAUAGUUUGAAAACCACCGCAAGAGAAUGAAAUCAAUGAUUCUACCUAUAUGGAGGUCCAAAAGUUAUGCUAAGUAAGAUAUGUUAAUUUUAUCUGUAUGGCUAUGGUAAAUAACAAAUAUUUUUUACCACUAAUUACUGGCCUUCUUUGAGAUUUAUGUUCCAAGUUGAAACUCGGUGGUAAUUAAUUCAAUCCUGAGGAGGAUAAAUAAAAUGGAUCAUAGAGAAGUACUAAAUCAGGUCAAACUCGACUUUCAGUUCUGUCUGAUUUUAAAAGAUAUUAUACUCAUCAUGAGUCAGCGUCUGAACUUAGCUUCAAGAUUACUAGAUGCUUUUAAACAAAUCACAAACUUCCUACAAAGCCCCGUAGUGUCCUACUAAUUUUUGUUAUUUUCAAGAGUGGAAUUAUUCAGGUAUACAGAGUAAAGUAAUAUCAGGAACGUUCGGAUUACACCUGUUUGGUCUAACACUAUCAAAAUUAUGAACAAUUGGACUAUUUGUAUAAGACUUAACUUUUGAUAGAUCUAUAGAACAGUGCUGCAGUUAACGCAACGAAUUUAAGUAAAAUAGAUCUGAUUUAAUACGAGUUAGGAGCUAAACAUUGUAGGAGAUAUACAUCACCAUUGAUUAAUAAAAUCCAAAAGUAUCAACGUUUUACGAGAGAAAAUCAGAAGUAGUUUGUAAAGUCCAACCCAAAUGCCAUUGGUCCGGAAGUAUAGAUUGUCAUACUUUACCCUUCUGAUUACAAAAAACAGAAAGUACAGCUGAAAUUACAUUUGAUUCAUACCAAUCAUUGGUUUAUAUUUGAAAUAUGGACUGAACAUUCGGUCACUAAUUUGCGCUUUAAAGAUAUUGUGUUUGUCACGAAGCCUGGAACCCACGUCCUCUACUCCAUGCAGAAGCGCUAGACAGGCUUGACACAUGUAUCCAGUGUUGUCAAGUCUGUACUGGUUUUUCAGGUUAUAUCACUUCGUGACAAAAACUAUAUGCAGUCACUGAACAUAAAACAGAAGUCGACAAAGUUGUUUUUGUAAUGUUUAAGUAUAUUUUAUUCUUAGUCAUCAAAAGGUGAUUAUUUUGCCUCAUGUCACUCUUCAGUGUCAUGUGGCCUAAUUAUUUUAAGCAUUUUAUUUUCAGUCACUUGUUUAUACAUUCAAAAGUUCUUUCAUCUAUAUUGAUUUAUACACUCAGUUAUGAUUCACAUUUGUUAUAAACGGAAAUAUAGUUCAAGCGAGUGGGCAAAAGAACUUAUAUUUAGAUCAUUUUACAAUUUAAUAUGAUUUUCUCAUUCACUCCUUUCAUUUUCUAUUUUUGUUCACCCUUUUCAGGGUUGUUUCGAGUUUCUGUGGUCAGCGGCACAACCAAGCUAUCGAAUUAUUCUUUAUAUCUUGAUUGGUCUGUUAUUACUUACGUUUACAUUCGCGGUUAUCUCCAUCUACCUGCUGACACGAUAUUCAAGGGAGAAAAUGCAAUUGUUGUAGAGAAAACAAACAAUUUCACCAUUUUAUUUGCUUUAUAUCUCUGUCUCACCUAAUAUCCCAGUUGAAUUUAUCUUUAGCACAUAUACCCUAUUUAUUUAACGUAUUAUAUACAAAUACCUAGGAUCAUCAUAUAAAUUAUAAAAUGCGAAACUGUCAAUUUAUAAAUAUUUGAUUAUGGUUACACAUUUUUGUCAUCAGUGUACUUCGUACUGAUCGGUUAAACACAUAUCCAGAGUUAAAUUAGCGCCAAGGAAAAGUUUCGAUUUAGGAAAAACAAAAACAAAACAAAAGAAAACUGUAAAAAGUGAACAGUUUAGAAAAGGUAUCCUGUAAGAUCCAAUUUCACUCGUCUUUUCUUCUUAUUUAAGACGCUUAAUUCAUCUUCAAAGUGUUACAAAUAAACAUUUUAAAAGCGAAUAACGUUUAAUUUAGAAAAAGUCACUAGAAAAAAACCUCUUAUCUAACUUUAUUUUAUUGUUAUGCGGACAUUUAUUAUUAGUCACCUGACAUGUGUUAUUCUACUUGCUUUCUCAUUAUAUACAUAUCAAUAUAAACAUUAAUUCUAUAUUAUUCAAAUUAUAUUAGCGCCUAACCAAUAAAUACUGCACAUGGCUUAAUAAUAUGCAAGUACUAUCGUACAUACAUUUUCAUAUGCUCUAUGUACAUGUAGUAUAUAUAUAUGCUUAUCAUUCUGCUAACUUAUUCACCCAUUAAAUAUACUUCAUGUUUAUACCCCAUCCAUGUUCUUAUUGAUUAUUAACCAUAUCUUUUUAGAAUUUUUAUUGUUAAUAUUUAUAUGCAAAUUAGUUAGAAAUGAAAGUGAACAACAUUUCAUAUUAAAGUUAAUUAAUAGUCAUUUAAAGUUUAUCUAAAUUUCUGAAAAUUGAA